CUCAUGAGGACGAUGAAAAAGUUUACUUGCACAGCACGUGAAGAGUAGGACAUUUCCGUCGACCGGUCCCUCUCCCACAGCCAGCCAACCAAGGGAAGCAAACACCUCAACUCCUGGACUUCCACUCAUCUACCCCCCUUUCCCACUCAUUAGGAUGAGCCUCGCAGCCCCCCGAAACAAAGUUAAAAUAUCUGCCGAUCCUCGAAACACUCACUGGGCCAACAACACCUCCAACUUUGGUCAUCGGAUACUCACAUCCCAUGGCUGGACCCCCGGUUCUACCCUUGGCGAUUCUUCCUCUUCUUACCAUGCCAGUGGACACAUCACCGAGGCGUCAAACACUGGUGUGAAGAUUGUCCUCAAAGGGGAUAAUCUAGGUAUUGGGUGUAAAAGUGGUAUCAAAGAUGACGAGUGCACGGGUUUGGACAUGUUCCAGGAUUUGCUCGGUCGGUUGAAUGGGAGGGAGGAGGAGGUUGAGAAGAGGGUUCAACAGAGGAAGGUGGAGUUUGCGAGCGGAAGAUACGGGAUGAAGUUUGUGCAGGGGGAGACGCACAUCAGCAGUGAUGUUGAUAAGCUACUUGAGGAUAUCAGGAAGAUGGAUGAGGAGAAGAGGGGAGCUGCGAAAGAGAAGGAGGAGGAGAGAAAGAGAAAGAAGCGCGAGAGGAAGGCAGCUAAAGCUUCCAAGGUGGAGCAGGAAGAUCAAGCAGGGGAGAGCUCUGCAUCACCACCCGCCGAAGAGCUGGCCAAUAAGGAUAAGAAGAAAAAGGAGAAAAGGCCUAAAAAGCCUGAAUCCUUUACGUCAGCCCCCCCCACUACUACCUCCUACUCUUCGGACUUGGAAUCCAGGUCUAAGAAGCGAAAGCGCACAGACGAUUCUAAAAAAUCCAAAAAGAGAAAAAGGGACAAAAAAGAUAGGGGGAACAAAAGUAAACGAUCCAAAGUAUCCACCGACAUAGAAACACCUGCUUUGACAUCUGGCACUAUAACUCCUACAGCUCUGACCGGAAGACAGGCAAUUCGGCAUAGAUACAUCGCGGCCAAGAGAAGUGCAGUAAUGGAUACGAAAGCUCUGAAUGAGAUAUUCAUGAUAAAAGCAUAAUUCAUGAUUUCAUUAUUAUUAUACCUUACGGGCAGAUGGGCAUAGUGGGUGUGAUAAUUGAGGCGAAUUUGUAUAUAAAAUAAAGGCGCUAUCAUAUUU